CUAAUUUUACAAUAAAAAACUAGCUCACGAGAUGGGAAUUAGUUUUCUAUAUAUAAGAGUUAUAUUGUCCAUUUUUUUAGUCAAUAUGCAAACUAAAAAAACUGAAAGUGAUGCGCAGCAGAAGGAAUAGAGAGGUUGGUUAAUGAUUUAACUUAUGCAACUGUAUUUCGUGUUAUACACAUUACCGUCAACCGAAUAGAACAAGUCAUCAUUGUUGUUCUCGCCACCAUUUGGCACUCUCUAGUUAAAGCCGGCCCCUCGCGCGUGUUCCCUAUCUCUCACUGUCUUAGAAUAAAAAUUAGGAAAGCCACCAACCCUUCACCUGCACUUCCGUUCACUUUCUCCCCUUCAAGUUCAUGGCCUUUGCUUCUUCUGUUCACACUUUCCCUUCCAAACCCACCAACAAUCUAUCAUAAAAUCACAGCCCAAAAAGACUAACGUAGCUAAGCCUAUAACAGAAAAACAUGGACAGGCUCAUAAAGUUAGACCCAUCAAACACAGUCCUGAUCAGGGUCGAACCUGGACAACAAAAGUGCCAUGGAACUAUCACCUUACGUAAUGUCAUGUACACCAUGCCAGUGGCUUUUAGGCUUCAGCCAUUGAUCAAGACCCGUUACACCGUGAAGCCCCAAUCAGGGAUCAUAUCCCCUUUAGCCACACUCAUCGUAGAGAUCACCUACCACCCCCUACCAGGUUCUAAUCUCCCACACUCUUUCCCUCACUCGGAUGACUCUUUCUUUCUUCACAGUGUCUUGGCACCCGGUGUAGCCAUCAAAGAACCUUCCUCCAUGUUCGAUUCCGUCCCAAACGAUUGGUUCACCACUCGAAAGAAGCAAGUCUUCAUCGACAGCGCCAUCAAAAUCAUGUUCGUGGGGUCACAGAUCCUCUCUCACCUUGUUGAAGAUGGUAAUUCAAUGGAUGACAUCAGGGAGGUGCUAGAAAAAAGCGACACAUCAUGGAAAUCGGUGAACUCCACAGACCAACAAGGCCGAACUCUGCUCCACUUGGCAGUUUCAAAAGCAAGACCAGAUCUUGUUCAAUUACUCCUUGAAUUCGAACCUGAUGUCGAAGCUGGCUUGAGUCGUUCUGGCGGCUCGAGUUCAACCCCACUCGAGGCUGCAUCUUCCUCUGGUCAAGCUUUAAUUGUUGAGCUCCUUCUAGCUCACAGGGCCAGCACCGAGCGGUCAGAGACAUCAACGUUUGGACCAAUCCACCACGCGGCGAGAGAAGGACAUGUAGAGGUUCUGAGGCUUCUCUUGCUUAAAGGAGCCAAAGUGAAUGCGCUCGUUAAAGAUGGCGGCAACACUGCCCUGCACCUCGCUGUUGAAGAACGCCGAAGAGAAUGUGUCAGGCUCCUCCUAGCAAACGGGGCCAGAACUGAUAUCAGAAACGCCAGAGAAGGUGAUACAGCUUUGCACAUAGCAUCAGCCACAGGUGACGAGAGCAUGGUGAAGCUCUUGCUACAAAAGGGCGCCAACAAAGACGCGAGGAACAAUCAAGGGAAGAUAGCAUACGAUGUUGCAGCCGAGAACGGCCACACGAAGCUCUUCGACGUACUUCGCUUGGGGGACAGAUUGUGUGUGGCGGCGAGAAACGGCGAAGUGAGGAGCAUCCACAAGGUCUUAGAAACUGGCGCUGCCAUCAAUGGAAGGGAUCAGAAUGGAUGGACAGCGCUGCACAGAGCCUCGUUCAAAGGGAGAGUGGAUGCAGUGAGGUUCCUUGUGGAGAAAGGGAUCGAUGUGGAUGCGAAGGACGAAGAAGGGUACACGGCUUUGCAUUGUGCUGCUGAAUCAGGCCAUGCGGAUGUGACGGAGUUUUUGGUGAAGAAGGGUGUGGAUGUUGAAGCCAGAACCAGUAAAGGCGUGAGUGCGUUGCAAAUAGCUGAGUCGUUGCAUUAUGUUGGGAUUACGAGGAUUCUUGUUAAUGGUGGGGCUUGUAGAGAAAGUUUGAAUCAAAUGACGCAAGGAGCAUCACCUGCUAAGAUUCCAUUUGUUAUUAGUGGGGCUGUGAUAAAGAAGAAGAAACAGAUGGGCAGGAUCAGAGUGUUGAGGGGGAGUUUUGAUCGUUCUACUGCUUUAGCUGUGCUCUAGCAGGUAGUGUUGCUUACUGAUUUGGCAUAUUGGAACUGAGAAGAUAUUGAGAUGAGUUUUGGGUUUUGGCUGUGAUUUUAAUUUGUUGAUGGAAUUGUACAUUCAAAACAAUGUUGUUUCCUAUGGUGAUGAUUGUUAUUGAUGCUCUUCAUCCCAAGCUUUGCCCAUGGGGUACAAUACUGUAUUUAGUCCCUAUGAAAAUUGUUAGUAAUACACGUUUUUUCUUUA